AUGGGCAUACCUACCAAAUUGCUGGCACUUAUACUCGUAUUUGUUCAAUUAACGCGAGUAUCGACAUCCAAUAGUCAAAUCGAGUUCAUAGUGGUCACAAUUGCCACUGAAGAAACGGAUGGUUUGAAACGAUUGCUCGAAUCUGCCAAGGCAUUCGACAUUGACGUCGAGGUAUUGGCAUUAGGACAACAAUGGAACGGCGGAGAUACCAGAGUAGAAGCAGGAGGAGGACAAAAGAUUCGAAUUCUCUCCGAAUGGAUAGAACAACACAAAGACAAGAAAAACACGAUGAUCCUAUUCGUUGAUGCCUACGACGUGGUAUUCAAUGCCAGAAUUGAGGCAAUCAUCGCGAAGUACAUCGAACACUUUUCGGACAAACGCGUCGUUUUCGGUGCCGAACCGUUCUGUUGGCCCGAUGAGACGUUGGCAGCCGAAUACCCACUCGUUGAAUUCGGAAAACGCUUUUUAAAUUCUGGAUUAUUUAUGGGAUUCGCUCCAGAACUCUACCAGAUUUUGAAGCAUAAAGAAGUCAAGGAUAAGGAUGACGAUCAACUUUAUUACACAUUGAUCUAUCUCGACGAAAAAUUAAGAAAAGAUCUUUCAAUUGGGCUCGACUCAAUGUCGAGAAUUUUCCAAAAUCUUCACGGAGUUGUUGAUGAUGUGGAAUUGCAAUUUAAAGACGAUGGAAAAGCAAUUGCUUAUAAUGCUGCUUAUAACACGAAUCCACUAAUCAUUCAUGGGAAUGGUUUGAGUAAACUUCAAUUGAACUAUCUUGGUAACUACCUCGGAAACAAGUGGAAUUCUAAAGAAGGAUGUAUUCCUUGUGGAGAGAAAACACAUCUCGAUUUUGAUAAGCUUAAAUCUGACGAUGAGCAUCCUUUAAUUGGUGUCAACUUAUUCAUCGCAAAACCAAUUCCAUUUGUCGAAGAAAUGCUCACAGCUCUCGCAGAAAUUGAUUACCCAAAGAAGAGAAUUGCUCUGUUUAUUUAUAACAACCAGAAAUUUUCUAUUAAAAAUAUCAUGACAUUUUUGGAAAUGUACGGAAAACAAUUCUACACAAAGAAGGUUAUCAACGGAGUUACUGAAAUCGGAGAAAGGGAGGCAAGAAAUGAUGCAUUAAAAUGGGUUAAAACACACAAUGUCGACUAUGUGAUUAACUUUGAUGGCGAUUCGUUUGUUACUGAAAAGAAACUCUUCAAAGAUCUUAUCGAAUACUCCGCCAAUCAGGACAUCGGAAUCGUGGCUCCAAUGAUUGGCCAAUAUGGAAAAUUAUUCACUAACUUCUGGGGAGCUGUUGCACAAAAUGGAUACUAUGCGAGAAGUGAGGAUUACAUGGCAAUUGUGAAAGGAAACCGAAUUGGUUUCUGGAAUGUUCCAUUCAUCACGUCUAUAGUUCUUAUUAACAAGCACAAACUGAAUGCCAUGACGACUCCGUUCUCUUACAACAACAAAAUUGAUCCUGAUAUGUCAUUCUGUCAAUGGGCUCGUGAUAAUGGUCAUUUCAUGUUCGUCGACAAUCAAAAGUUCUAUGGGUUUCUUAUUGUCAGCGACGAGUUCGCCGAAACUGUUACACACGGAAAAUGGCAUCCUGAAAUGUGGCAAAUCUUUGAAAAUCGAGGACUAUGGGAGAAACGAUAUGUUCAUCCAGAUUACUACAAAAUCAUCGCAGAAGGGGCCGUUGUCGACCAAGCGUGUCCAGAUGUAUACGACUACCCGUUGAUGUCGGAAAGAUUCUGUGAAGAAAUGAUCGAAGAAAUGGAAGGAUACGGAAAAUGGAGCGAUGGAAGCAAUCGUGAUGAAAGGCUUGCUGGAGGUUAUGAGAAUGUUCCUACCCGCGACAUUCAUAUGAAUCAAAUUGGUUAUGAGCGUCAGUGGCUUUAUUUCCUUGAUGAAUUUGUUCGUCCCGUACAAGAGAAAGUCUUCAUUGGAUAUCAUCAUGCACCAGUUGAAGCUAAUAUGAUGUUUGUUGUGCGCUAUAGGCCAGAUGAACAACCAUCUUUGCGUCCACAUCACGAUGCGAGCACAUUCAGCAUUGAUAUCGCUCUAAACAAAAAAGGAAGAGACUAUGAAGGCGGCGGAGUUCGUUAUGUUAGAUAUAAUUGUACAGUCGAGGCGGAUCAAGUCGGCUACGCCAUGAUGUUCCCCGGAAGACUUACUCACCUACACGAAGGUUUGCCAACAACGAAGGGCACUCGCUAUAUUCUUGUCUCAUUUAUUAAUCCCUAA